UCUUCUCGAAGGCCGCGCGAGGAACGGGAAGUUUCACAAUGCGAAAGCGUGGCGUCCACUGUCUCCGCGCAGGAGGAUGAAGACAUUGAGGUCUCCAAUGAGGAAGAGAAUCCAGAAGACAGCGAAGGUGCCGAAAACAGCUCCGAUACGGAAAGCGCCCCGUCUCCUUCUCCGACGGAGACUUCCAAAUCUUUAGGAGACGCCCCUCCGGAGAGCAUCUCCUCCCAGAUGACCACCGAGGCAGCGGCUGAGCAGGACUCUGCCAUGAAACCAUCCCCCAGCGCCUCCCCUCCCUCGGCAUCCCCCGGCACGAAGCCGGCCGAGAGCGAAGGAGCCGAGCUGCAGGUGAAGGAGGAAGCCAAAUCCGAGGUGGAGGAGCUGAUGGAGACGGAGAGCAGGAUCUCCAUGGUGGACACCAAGCCCGUCCUCAACCUGGCGGCCGGCACCAAACUGGAGCCCGUUGAAAUGGACACCAAGCCGCCCUUAGACAUUCAGGUCAAGGUGGAGAACGAGGCCAAAGAGCGGGACGAGGAGGGGCUGAAGGAGAAGCUGGAGCCGGACGGAGGUGACUUCGGCUCCAGCCACCCGGCCAGCGUCCAGAGGAUGGAACCCAGCUCCGACAAUGACUCCAGCGCCACUUGCAGUGCCGAUGAAGAGGUGGACGGGGACCCCGAGAGGCAGAGGCUCAUCAGAGACCCGUUCCGUAUUCAGCCCACCUGCGGGAUUUCUCCGUCGCCCUACCACCAGGCCUGGCAGGGAACACCGGGCACUUACCUGUCCCACAGUCAGAGCUCUUACGGCCAGGAACCAGCCAAGCCACCUGGAGGCUCCAUUUCGCUCGGCCUGCCAAGGCAGCAGGAUUCCAAGUCAGCAAAGACAGUCGCCUACAUGCCUUACGCCGAAGUCAAGCGCGCCAUGGAUCAGGAAGCCCAGAUGCAAAACGCAGCGGCCCGAUCGGGCUCGCCUUACCGCCUCUCUCCCCGGGACAUGAACAAGGCUUCGCCCCAGCCGGACAUGAAUGCCACCCGUUACAGUGUCCCGCCAGUCCUGCAGCCAGCUCCCCACCAAGUCAUCAUGAACCUCCCGGAAGGGCUAAAUGGCUGCAGCAGCAGCAUCUUGAAGCAAGAAACGAUGCGUCCCUCCAGCCGGGUUCCCCUCAUGGUCCUGUGCGAAACCCAUCGCGCCCGGAUGGUGAAGCAUCACUGCUGCCCUGGAUGUGGCUACUUCUGCACGGCGGGCACCUUUCUGGAGUGCCACCCGGACUUCCGUGUGGCCCAUCGCUUCCACAAGGCCUGCGUUUCCCAGCUCAAUGGCAUGAUCUUCUGUCCACAUUGUGGAGAGGACGCUUCGGAGGCGCAAGAAAUCACCAUAGCCAAGGCGGACACCUCCACGCCUGUCCCCAUCCCACCGUCGCAUAGCCAAGGCGCUUCCGAAUCCACCGGCCGUGCUGACACCACCCAGCCCAGUGCUCGGAUGCGUGGGGGCUCUGGGGUUGAACACCCACCAGACGAUACGGUGGGCUUUGGGGGCCCAGGUAUUGAUAGCGCAGGCCCACAGUUGACCCUUCCUAACGGGGCUGUGCUUUCAGCACAAGGAUUGCCAACAGGGGCUGGACGGGAGCAGCUAGAGCGAGCCCUGGUGGUACAGGAAUCCGAAAGGCGCAAGAAACUGCGAUUCCAUCCGCGUCAGCUCUAUCUCUCCGUUAAGCAAGGGGAACUGCAGAAAGUGGUCCUGAUGUUGUUAGACAGCUUAGACCCCAAUUUCCAGACCGAGCAACAAAGCAAGCGUUUCCCACUGCAUGCUGCAGCACAGAAGGGCUACAUGGAAAUCUGUCAUGUUUUGCUGCAGGCUGGAGCCAACAUAAAUACGGUGGACAAGUUGCGUAGAACCCCUUUAAUGGAAGCGGUUGCGAACAACCAUGUGGAACUAGCACGUUACUUGGUCAAGAGGGGUGGCUGUGUGUACACAAAGGAGGAUGAUGGAUCUACCUGUCUUCAUCAUGCUGCCAAGAAUGGAAAUGUGGAGAUGGUCAGCUUGCUCCUUUCCACAGGACAGGUGGACGUCAACGCCCAGGAUAAUGGAGGUUGGACCCCCAUUAUUUGGGCUGCCGAGCACAAACACAUUGAGGUGAUCCGUAUGUUGCUUACCCGAGGAGCUGAUGUCACCUUGACUGACAACGAAGAGAACAUCUGCUUGCACUGGGCUUCCUUCACAGGAAGUGCGGAGAUUGCCGAAGUCUUACUUAAUGCCCAGUGUGACCUCCACGCCGUCAAUUUCCACGGAGACACACCUCUGCAUAUAGCGGCCCGGGAGAGCUACCACGAUUGUGUCCUCUUGUUCCUAUCAAGGGGCGCUGACACUGAAAUACGGAAUAAGGAGGGGGAUUUGCCCGUGGACCUGACCUUGGAGAAUUCAGAUGUUUGGUUUGCCCUUCAACUCAACCGCAAGAUCCGCCAAGGCAUCCUUAACCGUUCGGUGCGCACAGAACGUAUCAUCAGCAGGGAUGGCGAGGUUUACUGCAUCGAUGCCCGUUAUUAUGGCAAUGUCAGCCGUUUCAUCAACCACUUGUGUGACCCUAAUAUCAUCCCCGUCCGAGUCUUCAUGUUGCACCAGGACCUGCGCUUCCCCCGCAUUGCUUUCUUCAGCAGCCGGGACAUUCAGACUGGUGAAGAACUUGGAUUUGACUACGGGGACCGUUUCUGGGACAUCAAAAGCAAAUAUUUCACCUGCCAGUGCGGUUCGGAGAAAUGCAAACAUUCGGCGGAAGCGAUUGCCCUGGAACAGAGCCGCCUGGCUCGCCUGGAGGCCCACCAGGACGUGCUGCCGGAUAGCAGCAGCUUCCCCGCCUCUCAGGUUUAACCUGAGUCCCGCUGCCCCUUCUGCAUGUGAAACCGCUUCUCCCGGGCCCCACCCCUGACUUCUCCUUUUUUCCACCACCACCCCACCGUGGACUUCCUCUCGGCUUGACAUUUUGGAACACAGAAGCUGCUCCGCUCCAAGAGGAAUUUGCCUUAAAGCGAUGCCACGUUGGUGGAAGGAGAGAAGAAAA